AUGAGCGUGCAAAACCUCCGGAACAAGUUCAGCCAGAACAACGGUUCGGUCCCGUACAACCCACCCGGGCUGAGUUACGGGAAAUCCGAUUCCACUGUACCGUCGAGUCUGAACAACCACAACAAUAACAACCAUCACCAUCACCACCAGGUGUCGAACUAUCAGAUGCCAAACGGUGGAGGUGGACGGUUCAAGACGAUUCGCGAGGAGCCGGAUGCCCCGGAAGACUUCAGCAGCAGCAAACCUGUGGCGACCAAGAACAACAGUUUUCUGCAGAGUUAUCUAGCAAACGAGAUGAGGAACGUCGGUGGUUCUCCCGGCAACGGAAUUAAGCAGACGGUCGCAGUGCAGGCGCCGGUUCACAACCGGUUCGUCGCCUCUAAGUCGUCGCCGCCGGUGGAAGUUGUGUCAAAAUACGCUGUCAAGUCCCCUCAGGAAACGGCCACGUCGAAAUUGACGUUCGGUGAAGUCAAAUUGCCACACCAGUCGCCGGCAGUCCCCGUACAUGCGCCUAAGCCAAUCGGUGCCAAACCAAUGCUUCCGCCGCCGAUACCGGACAGCACUCCGCCCAGGUUUACGGUCAAAUCUUCGACCGUCCUGAACAGUAGCAGCAAAAGCAGUCCUGUACUAACUACCGAGGAUAGAUGGAAGAACAAAUAUGACGAAACGGAGACGAAGCGAAAGAGCCUGUUGAUUCAGUCUCAAAAACUGUUGAGGGAAAAGUCGGACAUGGAACGUCAAGUGGCGAAGCUGCGCACCAAUCUCGAACUGUCCAAUAAAGACUUAUCGGAAAGGACCUUGCAACUCUCUCAGCUGAGGAGUCUUUCGGAAGCGAUGUACAAGGAAUAUGAUCAAUUAAAACAACAAUACGAACUCGAGACAACUACGUUGCAAAAGGCGAUGGAACGAGCUUCGCAGUGGUACAAACAAAAUCGUGAGCUGAAAAGAAGGAGCUCGGCUUUAAUGCAAAAAGUAAUGUCAGUGGCGCCGUCCACGUUGGAAGACUUGGCAGAUGACACGGACGGUAAUGACAACGAUAUGGACAACAACGACACCGAAAUGGAAGAGCUGCGGAAAACUGUCAAAGAGCUCACUCAAGAAGUUUCGAGGCUACAAGCAGAAUUAAAUAAAAUUAAACUACAAGAGUUUGAAGCCCAGGAGCAGACUGUAGACUUGACUUCUGAACUGGAGGAAGAGCGUAGGGGACGAAAACGGGCUGAACAAGAACUUAAAGAAUUAAAAAUGAAACACGACAGUUUGGAAACAGUCAGUCGUAAAGUAGUCGAAGAGACAACCGUGUUACACCAACAAUAUAAAAGAGAAAAAGAAGAAGGCGUAAAGAUACGAAGUGAUGCUAACAAAGUGAAAUCCGAGAGGGACGUGCUAGCCAGACAAAGUCAACUGUUGAUGAUGGAUGCUGCUUCGGACGAAAAAAUUAUGAAACUGUUGUUCGAGGUGGAACAAUUGCAAAGAACAUUAAGCCAAGAGAGGCAAGAGCAUAUGGAACAGCUAAAAGAUUUACACGAAAAAUUGGAAUCUCAAAGCGAAUCCGAACAAAUCGAACUGUACGAAGAGAAGUUAAAGUUAAUCGAAGCGGAAUUACUAUGUUCUCAGCAAAGAGCUGACAUUGCUGAAUCUCAGGUUGAAGAACUCGGGAAACAACUUCGAGAAACCAAAACCGUAGUCGCGCCGCCCCAAUGCGGACCUCCACCUCCACCACCUCCGCCAGCACCACCAGCACCACCACCACCCCCUCCACCGAUGGCGUUGGCGGGGGCGAGCGGAGGCAUCAAGCUGAAAACGGUUAGCUCGCUGAACCAUAACUCCAACGCAAUUGAAGAUUUAGGGAAUUACUUGGGACUGCCAAUGGCUUCUCCCAAGGGCCCUCAAGUACAGAACGGUGCCAUUGACGCGAUAAUCAACCAGAUCAAAGGAGGUCGUUUCAGUCUGAAAGCCACGGACAAGGAGAAACAGACUCCGGUCAAAAAACAAGAACCGCAACCUGUUGUCAACGAGAUGAUGAACGUUCUGGGCACUUUGCGCCGGAAUCCCAAACGGAGGGCCAGUUUCAAAACGGCGCCUGCCGACGUGGCGCUAUAG